GAAAAAUAUUUCACUCCAUGGCCUUAUCCCAAACCGUCAUCAUAUUAGACCAAAUUCCUAUCUCCCCGCCGCAGGAAGCGAUUGCCAGACCCCCCCUUCCCCUAACAUUUUUCGAUGUGGAGUGGCUGCCAUGCCCCCCAAUGACUCAACUCAUAUUCUAUCACCACCCAAUGGGAAGAACCGACCUUUUGGAUUCCCUAAUUCCCAUUAUGAAAAAAUCCUUAUCCCAAAGCCUACAACGUUACAGCCCCUUAGCGGGUAGAUUGGUUGUCUCACCCGACAAGGCAAACAUACCAGAAAUUUGCUACACCAAUGGUGACACUGUUCCGUUGGUUAUCGCGGAGUUUGACUCGACGAACCCCAACGAUUUUAACCACUUUGUGUCAAAUGAUGCAAGAAGUUCAAUGGAUUUCAAUCAACUAAAUCCAAGACUACCCCUGACUUCACGAGCAUCAGAUGGCUCACUCGUAAUCCCAUUGUUGGCGUUACAAAUUACACUAUUUCCCAAUGUCGGGAUAUGCAUAGGUGUGACUAACCACCAUGCAGUGUGUGAUGGGAGUAGCAUCUUUGGAUUCAUGAAGUCAUGGGCUUUCUUCUCUAACUGUCACAAAGACCACAAAGACGUGCCACCUCAAUUUGUACCGGAUUAUGAUAGAACAUUCUUCAAAGAGCAUAAGGAGCUGACAUCUAUUUAUUGGGAUUGUGUGAAAAACGUCAACUUUGAGAAAACACAUAAUGCUCAUCGCCUUCCAUGUACCAUCAACAAGGUGAGGUCCACUUUUGUCGUGACACGAGACGACAUUCAACGACUUAAGAAUCACAUCCUCAAGCAAGGGCGUAAAUCUCUGCAUGUAUCGACAUUUACGGUGACUUGCUCAUACACAUGGAGUUGUCUGGUGAGAUCAAGAAGCCAGACAUACGAGGGUCAACAGGGGCGGAACCAGAGCACUGGGCCAGACUGUGAGGGUCAAUAUGGCGUGGAGUUGGAAGAAAUGGAGAAUUUUCUUUGUGCGGCCGAUUGUCGGGCACGUUUGGACCCUCCCUUGGCUAAAAACUACUUUGGCAAUUGUGUCGUGCCAUGUCUAGCUAGCAUAAGAGAAAAAAGCUUAAUAGGAGAUGAAGGGAUGAGAAAGGCAUGUGAGGGGAUAGGAGAGAGCAUUCGAAGCACAUUAUACAAUAAGGAAAAGGAGGGGGUGUUGAAAGGUGCUCGUGAUAGGCCUACCGUUAUCUCGAAGUUGAACUUCGGUCGAACCUUGAGUGUUGCCGGCUCGCCCAAGUUUGACUAUUAUGGGCUGGAUUUUGGAUGGGGGAGACCUAAGAAGCAUGAAUUUACUUCUAUUGAUUUGAGUGGAGCCAUUUCUCUUGGUGGAGCCAGGGACCAUGAAGGUGGACUCGAAGUAGGCGUGACAUUGCCCGUUACACAAAUGCACUGUUUCACCAACUUAUUCUAUGAGGGUUUGAGAGCUUUGGGCAGCUCGCAAGCUAUUGAUGGUUGACAUCAUUCACCACACUUUGGUUUCGAUUUUUUCCAUGCACGAAUGACGUUGGCUUCACACUAAAAUAAUUACGGCUUGUUUUGGUACUAAUAAGUGAAAGCUAAGAUUGAAGCUUUGGGAAAACCAUCAUUUUGUUUGGCAGAUGGGAAAACCAUCAUUAGUACGUGCAUAAAUUUGUGGUCAUAAUUUGUGCACUAUUAUAAGACGCGUGAACCAAUUUCCUUUCUUUUUGCUUCUCUUGUAUAUGAAGACAAUAUCGUUAAUAAUUGUCAUGCUAUUUGAUUAAAUUGUGAGUUGUACUGUAUAAAGAUACCGUGAAAGGAGUAUGUGUAAAUAUAAUAUUACGUA